AGUCCCGGCCAGAUUGGCACCAGGAGCUCAGUACAGAGCAUCUCAGCACUCUGACGGCAACUCAAAACCUGACGACGAAACCAACGAUAAUCAACUUGCCAAUCAGUAUUCUACAGCGGAUAGCACAACCGUCCGGCUACAGUCGAAAACCAACGCAGUGCAUGCACCUUUGAAUCACCCCCCAGCAAUGAUACCCCGGUGACGGCGGCCUCUCUUCUCUUGUCAGAUCCACAGCGGUUUCCCCCCCUGGGAUUAAGCUCCCCGAGCGUCUUGCGCCCCGGCCUGGAUGGUCGCAAACAACACAACGACUUUGCCUCGUGGCUGGGGAGACUGGGCGAGGCAUCAUGUUCUCAAAUCAGGGGGCGCGCAAGUCGGUCGAUAGCCUGUCGCCGACGUUGUCGGUUGGACCCCGGGGCGACUUCCCCUUCCAUGGCGCCCCAUGGCUCCCAACACCCCCAUCAGCGAAGAGGGUCGACAGCAAGCUCCAUCCACUCGAUUGGGGGAACACUAGAUACUUGGGGAAACUCGUCCAGCGCCGUGUUUGAAUCGGGCCAAAAUGCCAUUUCGACACUAUUACAGCCCCCGAUAGUGAGGACCGGCCUCCUCCCACACACCGCGCCGCCUGCCUCGAGCGCACACAAACCUCCCACCGCACGAGACAUACCCCCUGUGGCGCUCACCAACAUCCCGCAUGUCGAAGCAUCCGAGUUCACGUCGUACCUGUCGCAGGUCGGACCUUUAUACGAACAGCUGCGGCGGAUACAGGCGGAUGAGGACCAGGGGACGAGCAGCGCACAACGUCGAGGGAACAAGCCGGACGAGUACCCCGAAGCCUUAGACGAAGGCCAUUUGCGGCCAGGGAGGCGGCCGGGGUUAUCAUCGAGACGGACGUCGACUGCCUCACUCAGCUCGCUGUCCUCCAUUGAAAACAACUCGGCCCCGCGGCGCUCAAGUUCGCGCCCGAGAAGGGGACAAGCACAAGGGCCCCCUCCGCUUUCCACCAUACCCACCGUGUAUUUCGACGACGACUUCCACCUGGAGAACCCGCGCACAUUCGAUGUCGUCAGCGAGCGCUCCGAAGUGGUGCGGCCGGCGCCAGGUACUGAUGAGAAGGCUGCCUCCAACGGCCAGGCCGCUGCGCCCCGUAAGGCCCUAGCAACAAACGCCAUUUUGCAAGAGAAACUGUCAUGGUACAUGGAUACUGUCGAGAUGCAUCUCAUUCAGUCCAUAUCCACCGCAUCCACCACUUUCUUCACCGCCCUCGGCUCGCUCCGGGAACUGCAUUCCGAAGCUGCGGACUCUGUACAAAGAAUCAAAGCGCUGAGGAAGGAACUCGAAGCUCUUGACGAAGAAGUCGCGAUUGGUGGUCUCAACCUUGUCCAGCAGCGCAGGAAAAGGGAGAACGUCAAGCAGCUUCACGAUGCUGUCAUGCAGCUACGAGAGAUUGUCGACGCCGUCGCGGUCUGCGAGUCCCUGGUUGAUGCUAGCCAGGUCGAUGAAGCUCUCGACAACAUCGACACAGUGGAGAACCUCAUGGCAGGCGAGGUGUCGGGAACCAACCAGCUUGGUAUCCAACUAAGGGAUCUCAGGGGAGCCACCGCCCUCCAGGGCGUGAGCAGCGACUUAGACACGCUGCGGCUACAAAUUGGGAGAUCCUACGAAGCCAAAUUCCUCAAUACCCUGCUCACGGAUCUCCAAAAUCAUGUCGAGCAAGUGUCUUCCCAAGAGGUUUUGAUGCGCUGGAGUAGUGCUUCCGCGCGAACACGUGGAACCCACAGCCGCGAACCUUCUGCUUUCCCGGCAUACAUGUCGGGGACAAACCUGAUACGGACAGAACUCCUAACCAGCCUCACGGGUUUGCAACGUGCAAAGCACCUCACAGCGGCGGCCUCCGCGUACCGGGAAGCGGCGCUGCGCGAGAUUAGAACUAUCAUCCGACGGCAGAUGCCCAGUUCUAAUGACGAUGACAACGAGUCGCUCAUGUCCACAUCCACGAGAACCGGCGGCAAGCAACGUUCUCAGCAAGAGAGGUCGAUCAUUCUAGCCCGCAACCUACGCGCCCUCGAACCACAAGAUGCCGAGCAACUGUUGGCCAGCAUGUACAUUGGCGUGUCUGAGGCGCUCAGAAGACUGAGCACUCAAGCCAAGGUUCUUCUGGAUGUGGCGAGUUCUAUCGGCGAACCGCCCAUGCCCUCCGGUGCCCGAUCUCCGCUCCAGUCACCUCCCUUCAGCCCCACGGCAAGGCAAGCGUCAGGCGCAGCUCGGGAGGCCCAGGAAGAAAUUCACAUGGCCGUAGACAUUGCGAACCUUCUGGGACAGGCGGUAGACGUGGCACAUGAGAAGAUUGUAAAGGUAUUGCGUGUACGAUCAGAACAGAGCAAGCGAUUGGGUCUCUUUUGGUUCCUCCGAUAUUUUACGCUCAACCUCCACUUCGCCAACGAGUGCGAGGCUAUCUCGGGGCGUAGCGGUACCACGUUAAAAACCGUGGUUAACGGCCACAUCAAGGAUUUCAUCCAAUAUCACGGGGACGCCGAGAACCAGAAACUUGCGCAGGGGAUGGAGUCGGAUCAGUGGAACGCCGCCGAUUUCAGCGAGAAGGACACGGAGCUGCUCGGCCGAAUCUUGGAAAGCAGCACUAGCGACGCUGUUACUUGGACGGAGGGCACUCAAAUAUGGAUCCCGCAUCCCGACAUGGACAAGUCAGGUGAAGAGGUUGACGUCUUGUCAGCCCAAACGAACGGCACGAGCAAGGCGAAGACAAGGACUGCUGUCGUCGACUCGGAAAGCUACCUACUCCCCAACUCGGCUAUCUCAUGCAUGCAUGGCAUGUCUCAUUUCUUGCAUCUCAUGGCUGCCAUACCGUCCAUGACGGGUGAGAUAUCCGCAUCACUCAUCGCAUUCCUCCAGCUCUUCAACUCUCGCUGCACCCAACUCAUCCUCGGCGCGGGGGCAACACGCUCCGCCGGGCUUAAGAAUAUCACAACAAAACACCUCGCGCUAGCAUCUCAAGCUCUCGCUUUCAUUGCAGCCAUCAUUCCGCACGUCCGCGAGUUCGUACGACGGCAUUGUGGCUCGGGGCCGGCCGCGUCGGGCGUCAUGGGCGAGUUCGACAAAGUCAGGCGGGCGUUCCAGGAGCAUCAGAACAACAUUUAUGAUAAACUCGUCGAAAUCAUGAGCGGGCGCGCACUGGCUGGAACCAAGAAGCUGAAGGCCGUCAGAUGGGAGCAGGAAUCUAAACCCACGGCGAACGAGUACAUGGAGACGCUGGCCAAGGAGACCACCACACUGCACCGCAACCUAACAAAGCACCUCCCCGAGGGCACUGUACGAAUGAUCAUGAUGCCCGUGUUCAAGAACUACAAGGACACAUUUGGCGCGGCGUAUCAAGCGGCGGAGCUCGAGACGGAGCAGGGCCGGGAAAGGAUGCUGCGGGAUGUCGAGUUCUUCCAGUCUCGCCUGGGCAAAAUCGACGGGUUCGAGGACGCUGGCGACUAUCUACUCAAUGUCAUCAGGAACAAACAAAUCAUUGCCCCUCCUCCUCCGCCGCCGGCGCCAGAACCUGCACCUCCAUCACCGGCACCGCCCGCUCCUGAACCUCAAACCGAAGGAGAAAACGGGAAGAAGUCGGUAGAAGAGCAGUCUGCAGAGCUGCAAGCGCAGGUUGGGGCGGGGACUCGACCGGAAAAGAAUGGAGAGUCCAAUGAUGCGAGCAAGGCGUGAGGGAGAGAGGUCUCGAGUGGAAGGGGGGCGGUCAUGACGGUCAUGACGGGUGAAUGCUUGUACUAUGCUCUACGUAUCUGGGAUGUAUACAUAGCGGUAUUGAAUGGAGUGAUGAAGUUCGGAAGGGACAUAUUUUGCCAAAGCGAG